CCUGCCGAUCUAUACCUUCGACAACCUUCCUCGCCACUAUCCCGAGUACUGAGAAAAAUACAGCACCGUCGAUCUUUGCAAGUCGUUGAAAAUCACCGACCGUGCGAUGUACAAAAUGGACGUGCGUGACCGCAACAAGCUCCGCAUGAACCACCGUCUCCUGAAGAGGACGGUCUCCACACACUACAUCAAAGGCUACCUGUACGAGAAGGGCGUGCUCACCAUCGACGAUGUGGACCGCAUCGACAACAAGGCCACGGAGGAGGACAAGAUGGAGACGCUGCUCUUCAUGCUGCCCAGGAAGGGAGACGGCGCGUUUCAGAAGUUCUGCUCGGCCCUGAAGGAGAAACAGGACGGGACGGCGACGUACAGAGAGGUGGCCGAGAAGCUGGAGUCUACCGUGUCGUCCUCGGAAGAGGAAAGGGAGUUCCAGCAAGGAAGCUCCCCCGAUGUCCGCGAGGAUGUUGCUCGGUGGGACCUCCUCCGUAAGCACCGCCGGGACAUCGCCACCUGCCUCGACACGGAGAAGACCUGCCUGCUCCUCCUCAACUCUGACGUCCUGACCGACCGGGAGCGCACCGUGAUCGAGCGGGAAGAGUCUCCACCGGAGCGGGCCCAGACCCUGCUUCGCAUCCUCCCCACCAAGGGCACCACGGCGUUCCACGCCUUCCGCCAGGCUCUGAAAGAUCAGCGCCGAGACGACCUGGCGGCCCUCCUGGCUGGCGAGCCCGGAAGAGUUUACAACCCCGUCAAGAACUUCGCCAAGCCGGUGAGCCACUUCUACACCUCCGAGGACGCCAGGCAGGUCAACCUGGCCAUGGAAGGCGGGCGGUUCGUCGUCGUGCUGUCCGGCAUCACCGGCUCGGGGAAGACCCAACUCGCCCUGUGGCAGGCGCAGCUCUUCGUGGAGCGCCAUCCGACAGCCGUGGUGUGGCGGCUAGACGGCCACGACAAGAAGAGUUUCCUCACCGACAAACAGAACCUCCUUCAGGCGCUAAAGGAAAAGGUCCCGACCGAUGACACCCAGCUGGACGACUGCGUGGCGAAGGCCCUCGACAACCGGAAGACUCCGGUCCUGCUGAUCAUGGAUGACCUGGACGACGGCCUGUUCCUCUCGCCCGCCUUGUUGAAACCGAGAAAGGAGUCAAAGAUCCUGCUCAUCACCCACCGCAAGCGUCUCCAGCAGCCGUCAAACGUCUCCAUCCCGGAAGACUCCUACAUCACCGUCAACGGCUUCUUGAAGGAGGAGGCGGUGGAAUUUCUGCGGAUGAAGCUGCAGGACCAUCCCGCUGACGAGCUGCGGAGUUUGGCGACGACGUUCAGCGGUCUCCCCCUGGGGCUGGCGGCCGCCCGCAGCUACCUGUUCUACGCCAAAACGAGCGUGGAAAACUACCUGACUCUUCUGGAGAAGAGAGAGACUGCGUCCAAACUGGAGGAGAAAGCGGACAAGUGGAUGUCGCAGUUCUACGAAAGACCGGAGGACCAGAAAGCUGGCAGAAACCUUUUUGCAGCCCUGCGUCUGGCAGUCAGCAAACUGGACCAACAGACACGGUCCAUGUUCCAGCUGACCGGCUACAUGGACAAGAGCAGGAUCCCCAUCGUGGUUCUGAAGGAGGACGUGCAGGACUCCCCCGCCAUGAGGAACGUGGCGCUCAACCAUCUCGUCAUGCAGGUGGAGGACCUGUCUCUGGGGACGGUGGAGGGCAUCGACAACGACCGCGUCCUCUCCGUUCACGAGGUGACCCAGCUGGUGAUGCGUCUGUCGUUCACCGAGCAAGAGGAGAAAGAACGUCUGAAGAAGCUGCAGGACAUACUCCUCAAGUACUUCGUCAAGGACAACCGAUACACCAAAUCCGGCAGACUUGCUGAACUCCUCCAGCCGCAUGUUGGAAAGGCCCUGCGGUACGCCAAGGCCGUUAACGACGACGGGAGGUUCUCCCUGGCCCUGGCCCGUCUGAGCGAGGUGUACGGCUUCAUGAACACCCAGUGUGGGAUGCCUGGUAACGCCGAGGAACACCUCAGGGCCGCUAAGGAUCAUAUUGAGGACCUCGCCAAAAUCGACUGGCGGGACGUGAACUACCAGGUGAUUGAAAAGCUCCAGGCACACACCCGCGGUUACAUCUCCAUCGACGAGCAGGGCAGCGUGGAAGAGAAGAGCGUCAAGGAAGCCGAAGUCCUGUACUGGAAGCUAUCCGAGGCGAGCAAGCGGCUCCCCGACGAGGUUUUCACCACCAUGAUCCAGAGCCGGGUGAUCGUAGACCAGGACUUGGCUCUGUUCCGCGCGCUCGGCAAAGCCCCCGCCGGCCUGGCCGAGUCCGUCAGGAACAAGGAGCCGCUGACACAGGCGCAGUACAGGAAGAUGGUGGAGGACGGCAUCGCCAUUGACGUGGAGCGCAUGAAGGAGGCGUACCUACCCGAGCUGUACGCCUCCAUCAACUACUCACUGGGACGCUGCUUCUUCUACAUGAAGGAGAAAUACGCAAACGACCCAGCGGGAAAAGACAGUCUCAUCAGAAGCAUGCAGCUGGCCUACUACGUGUGCGACCAAAUCAAGAAGCACACUGGGAUACCAGUUCUGCACAGGUACCUUUCUGAGACCAACGCACUUCUGUACCUGCGUCUGGAAGAAGAAGGAAAGAGUCCAGACGACCUGAGGAGGGAUAUCAAGUACGCCACGAAAAGGUACUCGGAGUUCGUGGAGGGGAGAGGAGAAUACUUCGAAUUCGGCGUCCUGAAGAAGUCCGGCCAAGACAGCUACAGCCUGAUGAUGUGCCAGCGCCAACUCGUGAAGUGCUUCAACGCGCUCAUCAAACUUUCCGAGACCGAGGAAGAAAAGCUGGCGUAUUUUGAGCAGGCACAGACCGAGUGCAGGAAUAUGAUCAUGCAAGCAGAAAAGCAGGUGGAGAAGGACGCCUAUGGAAAGAUCGUGGAGCGGCCAGAACGUUUGGCAGUUUUCUACAACACUGCAGGAAGGUUUUUUGCUGACGACGGCGACAGUAAGAAACUUGAGGAGGCUCUUGACUGGUUCCAAAAGGCGUACGACCUCGAGACCGAGAGGGGCAAGGAAGACUACCCCCUGUCGGACGCCCUCUUCGGGCUGGCCGAAGGUCUGGUACGGCGUAACCACGGCGACGAUCUCGAGAAGGCAGAGGGCUACGUCGCAGCUGAGGGAGAAACUGGAACGGGAAUCCUCGCUCACGAUUCUGCUGGGAAUCUGCGGGUCCGGGAAGACGCAGUUGGCGCUCUGGCUGGCGGCGGAGUUCAAGCUACGGCACGGGGACGCUAUACUGUGGAGACAUGUUUAUUAUCGCCGAACCAACAGGCUAUAAGACAACUGAAGGUCCCCAUGUUUGUUUUGAUUGACGACCUCGACGAAGAAGAAAGGCUGCCGCCAUUUUUACUCAAGUCCCAGCCUCGCUGUCACGUCGUCAUCACCACACACAACCGGAAGUUACUGAAGGGGAGCAUCAUGGGACCGGAAGUCAUCCUUGUGAAUGGGUUCAACAGAGAAGAGGCCUUCAGUUUCUUCAACCAAGAGUCGCAGGCACAGGGUUUUGACAGAGCAGAGGUGUUGACGUUGGUUGACAAGUUUGACGGACUGCCCCUGGGUCUGGCUGCAUCCCGAGGCUACAUGGCGAGGUGCCGAAUCAGCCCGAGGGCCUACCUACACUUACUGGACGAGAAAGCCGCCGUCAGCAGGAUUGAAGAGGAAGAAAGCAGGUGGAUCGGGCGGUACUACGAAAAGCCUGGCACGAAAGACGGAGCCAUCAAACUGCUGAACCUGUUCGCUGCGAUCCGGAUGGCGGUGGACAAACUGAGUCCAAGCGUUGUUUCCAUGUUGAAGCUCGCAGCCUUCAUGGAGAAUACCAACAUACCGCUGCUGGUGCUGACGGAAGACGCGGGCACGCCGCACAUGCGCCAGGAAAGAGCAGACGCCCUGGAGCGCGAGGCGGAAAGUCUGUCUCUGGCCACAGUGGAGGGCGACGGGGAAAACAGGGUUCUUUCUCUGCAUCGGGUGACACAGACAUCGAUGCAGCUGGCCAUGACCGAGGAGGAAGAAAAAGAAGUCGUCCACCGGCUUCUGAACAUCCUUCUCACGUACUUUGUGAAGGACAACCGGUAUUCCAGUUCAGGACAGUUAAGUUACAGUCUGAUGCCUCACGUGGAGACUGUACUGUCCCACGCCAGCCGGAUCAGCAGGGACGACCACCGCCUGACCCGGGCUCGUCUGUACGAGGUGCUGGGGUUCCUGUACACACAGAGAGGCAUGGCCGCAAAAGCGGAAGGCCCUCUCAGGAUCGCAAAGAAACUUCUAGAGGACCUAGCGGAGGUGACAUUACAAGAAUCCAGUGAAACAGUCCAGGGUCAACUUACCAGAGAGGCCGAUGGGGACGAGGUUAACCAGGACACCCAGCUGCUGUUUGAAAAACUGACCCUCGCCGGACAGAACCUCUCGGACAGCGUGUACUCUCAGAUUCUACAGAGUAAAGUCUUAGUGGAUCAAGACAUCGAGCUGUUCAGACGCAAGUUGCCAACGGAAGGCGAUCUCGUUCAGACCCUCGGGGACAAGCAGCAUCUCUCCCCCGCACAGCUGGACCUGCUGGUGCGGCACGGGCUCCUCCUACCCCCGGACAGACUAAAGGAGGUCUACCUACCUGAACUACACGUCUCCAUCAACUACUCUCUGGGACGUUGUUAUUUCUACUCAAAAGAAAAGUACAGAACGGACCAAGAAGGGAAACAAGACUUAGUGAAGUGUAUGGAAGUGGCGUACAAUCUGGCCAAGGAAAUCCACAGAAGGACAGACGUUUCUGUCUUACACCAGUACCUGACUGAACGCAAUGCCCUGUUGUAUCUACGCUUAGAGGAGGAAGGCAAGGAUGCAAAACACCUGAAGGAAGAUAUCCUGUAUGCCAGGGAGAGAUACAGUGCUCUUCUUCAAGACCAAGACGAUUACUUCGAAGUCGGAAUGCUCAAAAAGUCCGGAAGAGAGUUGUACAGCAUGAUGAUGUGCCAUCGCCAGUUAGUCCGGUGUUAUAACCAGCUUAUUGAGCUUGCGGACACUGAGGAAGAGAAGGCUGUCUACUUUGAACAGGCACAGCAACACUGCAGAGAGAUGAUCCAGUAUGCUGAGGGAGAGAUUCGAAAAGACGAACACGGGAAGGUGACAGACCAACUGGAGCGACUGGCCAACUUCUAUAACACUGCAGGUCGUUUCCUUGCUGCUGACCACAACCCAACACAUCUGGACGAGGCCCUGGAAUGGUACAGAAAAGCCUACCAACACGAGAAGGGGAGGGGCAAGGUGGACUAUCCUCUGUCGGACGCUCUCUUCGGUCUCACUGAAGGAUUGAUCAGACGUGGUCGAGAAGGGGACUUUUCAGAAGCUUUGGAAUUUGCUACCGAGCUUUUGGCAGUGUACAAGGCCAACUGGCCAGAGAAAACAAGAGACAUCGAAAAGGCAAACGCACUUCUCAAAAAAGUAAUAGAGUUAGGUUGAGCGAGGUAAAACAAUUGUGAACAUAAGUGUAAGGAAGGCACCAUAUAGAGCUGAUGAUGUGUUGUUGUGUCCCCCAGUUACAGAUGCUGAAAGGGGAUUUUUUUUUACUACAGUUUUCACCUCAAACAAAACAAAACAAGACUCAUACGAACCACUCACAUGUUUUGGGU